CUGAAAUCUAGGCUGAAGAUUUCAGUCAGCAAACUACCAGACUCCGGGAAAGAACCAGCUCUACUUUCUCUGUAAUAUCUCUGGAGCAACCUGAAGACAGGAGCUUGGCCUCAAGAAGACAGAAGCACCAGGAGACAGGAAGCCACCUCUGAAAGUUAACCUUCAGGAUCAGCAUUCCUGACUGCAGCUGUGCCAUGGACACAGAAGAGUCUACCCCUAAUGAGCUCCUGCUCAGAGACAAAAAUGGGCAAGAUCUCCAAGAGAUGUUGAGAGAAGUAGGAUUGGCAGUUGAGUACUGGUUGCCCAAGCUGCAGGAACACCUGGGUGUGACCUGUGCCCAAGCCUUACAACACCUAGAAGAAAAAGAACUCCAGAAGCUGCAAUCCCAGGCACAACAUCCCUGGGAGAAAAGGGCCCUGGAGAAGCUGCUUAACCUGUCAUACUCAAAUACUCUUUCAGAGUUACAGGAGUCUCAGGUGGAAACAAUAAAGAAAAGGCAGAAGCAGGCAGAACAGGCACUGCAGGAGCUAAGAGAGAUGCUGGCAGAAGGGAGGCAGCGACAGGAAGAGGCAGUGAGGAAAAAGGAAGCAGAGCUGAUGCAGGCAAUGGAGAUCCCCAAAGAGUUCUGGCCACGUCCCGAAAAGUCCCUAAGAGAUGUCACGGAAAACAUGCUGGGACAACUCAAACUUAUGGAGGAGACACUGUCUCACAGGAAGAACCUUCCAGAUAGAGAGCUGGUGCGACAUGCAUCUGGAGGACUAGCCCUUCAGGGAGUUUACAAAACCAGUAAUCAAAGGGGCCUGACAGAGAAGAAAGAGGAGCUACUCGGUGUCCCCAAGGAGUUCUCACUCUGUGGCCCUGCGCAGAGUACACGGAUGGAAACAAAGGAAUUUACAUCUUCUCAACAAGAAUCCAUGUUCAUCCAGGCUGUAGAGAAGCUGGGCUUCAGUGUAACUGCCUCGGCAAAGGGUGGAGGUUGGGGAUUUAGCCUGGAAGCUGCUAUGAAUCAGAGCAAACAUUCAGAAUCCAAGGAAACCCAACAGUCACAUUCUAAGCACUCUUACUUCUGCUCAACCAAGUUCAGCUACAUCCCACUGGCCUCCUGCCACUUUCCCACUGACCAGCUCCAGCUCUCCAAGGCUGCUCUACAGGAAUUGAAAUGCAUUGAAGACCUUUCAGGUCAGCCAGAAGACCCAGACAAACUUCCCUUGCUGAGGCGCAGGACUGAAGCCUUCUUCCACAGGUUUGGCUCUCAUGCUAACCAGGGCCCUCUGCACCUGGGAGGAAUCUACUGGUGGAAAGCCAUUUCAGAGGGCUUCCAAAGUGAGCAGCUGGCAGAAGUGAAACAGCAAGCUGCAGAGGCCCUGGAUAUUUACAUAAGGGGCAGCUACAGUGGCUUUGGAGUGAAUGUUGCUGCAGGUGUGGAUGUGUCAGACUCUCAUUCAAAAACAGCCUCUCAGAGAACAACCUUCCAAAAUCUCCAAACCAAAGUCCAAUUAUCUGUGGCCCAGACAGGUGGCCCACCAGAAGCAAAUGGCCUUUCACAGUGGAAAGCUGGCCUCGUUGCCAAUAAUCAAACCUGGUGUGUCAUUGACCGGGGAAUUCAGCUGGUGCCCGUUUGGGACAUCAUCCUCACCAGCCACCGAAGCGAUUUUAAGGAUCCUUGUCAGGUAGCUAACUGCCUGAAAGACAGCUACACUGCUCUGACUGGUCUUACUGCCCAGAUCCAGGAGGGAGAAGAAUUACUGAGUGUUGAGAAGGAGGCUAGGCUUUUCCUAGAGGAUGUGAAAUCCUGGGAGGUAUCUGAUCCUGAAGAGCAGCUUAAAAAGCUGAUAAAUUUCAUGCAAAGAUUGAGUGAAAAAAUAAAAAGUUAUAACACUUGGACUAAUAUAUGCCUCACAGAUAGGGGUCUGCAGAAUUUUCUGGUAGACACUGUCAACUUCUGCAAAAAGCAUUCCAUAUAUGAAACUAAAUUUAUUAAAUCUCAGUUGCGCAGCCUUUUGGAUCCUCACAUCUACAAAGUGACAAACUUUCCUCAGGCUCAUUCCAUCAUGCAGUGGCUAUUUCAGUCAGAACCAGAGGAAGAGAAUGUCAAUAUCACCCAAUUUUCUGAAUUAAUUAAAAUCUUUAAAAAAAACCAGAAUGACCUUAUGGAAGUUAAGGCCAAGUCUGAAUCCACAGAAUCAGUGGAGGAAGCUCAAAGCAAGGUGACUUAUGAGGUCACCUUGUCUCUUGGCUGCUUCUUGAGAUACCUCCAAGAAACGGGGCAGCCAGACACACACAUCUUGCUACUUUUGAUUGCAGCUGGUGCAGGAUAUCAUGUGGUAAACAAUACAUUUCAGUAUCUCCUUGGGUGUGAUGAGUUAGACUUCCUACUGGAUAAAAUGCAAACUGCCCUAGAUAAAUACCAAGAGCUCAAAAAUAUUUGCAACUACAAGGCUCAGGCAUUCCUGGUGCUCACAGGUCUGACAGCUACACUUGGCAUCAAAGUUGCUUCUCCAGAAGAGAAAACAGAACGCUUGGCAUUAGUAAGACAUCACAUGGGACAAUCUUUGUCUAAAGAAGUUGUACAUGUCCUCACCAAACCUGGGGCAGCUCAUGAUUGGGAAAACCUAGAAAAAGACUUGAGAUUGCUCAUUGAUGAGGAUUAUGAGGCCACCGUCUCUUCAUUGCAAAUGGAGGAUGUGAAAAAACAAUUGCAAAGUCUUUUCCAUGGAAAGAAACAGCCCCAUGAACCACAUGAUAAUGAAAGUAACAAACGGGAGGUCAUAGAAAAUAGAGCCUUCCUAGAAAUACUCCAGCGUCUAGGCCUAGAACAUUACUACCCAAAAAUGAUGAGCAGAGCUAACUUCCAUAUGAUCUACAAGAAUCCUGUGUACAACACCCAGCCCUGCUCUGAAAGAGAGCUUCCCUUCUAUUUCCUACAGAAGCUACUGAUGCUGGAUUAUGGGCUGAGAUACCUGAUCAUUAAGGAUGAUGAAUACACAGAGAAGCAAGUCUAUCCAAGCACCUCAAAUCAAGAAAAGGAGGCUUUUGAUCCAUAUGAAGAUCUAUUUGAAGACAGUAAUAGCACCACUAAUCCUUCAGCAACCACUAAUGCCAGGCCCUACAUUCACCCUAUGGAUAUACAGAUGGCAAUUCUUCACUGUGCAGAUGAUUUUGCCAGACAAUACAUUUUGGCCAAACUUUCCAUUUGUCAGUUUGCCCUCCCCCUUCUCAUACCUAAUCCUUGCAAUGCUCAAAUUGAAUUCUCUCUCUGGUCUCUCAGUCAAAUAAGGAGGAGCUGGCAGCAAACAGGGAAAUCAAUAAAAGAGGAGAAGGACAAUUACAAAAAUCAGCAGAUGUGUCAUGUCUCUACCCCCAUUGUGUCUUUUAUUAGAGUUGGAAACGGCUUCUCUGCCUCCAAAUCUCAGAUCAUGAACUGUCUUCUCAGUAAAAGGAAACAUGAUGUCUUUUUUCACCGACAUUGCAAAGGGAGCAGCAAAGACUGUCUCUUGAUGGGAGGUGUGGUGGAAGUUGCCUGGUUCUGUCCUGGGGGUGAAGAUCAGGACAGGUUUGACAACUGCCUGACCUUCAUCAAUCUUCAUGGAGAUGCAAAGGAACAUGAGAAGCAACUUGCCUUUUUGCAGGAGGUCUCUUCUCUCAUUGUGGUCCUCAUGUCAACUUCUGAUGACAAUAAAGAAACCCGAAAAAUUGUCCAUGACCUGUGUCAGAAAUCAAAAACUUUAAUCUGUUUGCUUGAUGAUAAAGAAAAAACCAUGGCAAAUAACUCUGGCCCAAGAGUGAGAAUUGGGGUCAGGAACAGAAAUGAGGCAGAAUUAAUAGAGGAGCUCACAACUACAAUCAGACGUUUGUUAGAGCUUUCUGACACUGCACUCAGCUUGGAGAACUGUGCCCAAAUUGCUCGCAAGCAAGGAUUGCUUAUUGAUGAAGACCAGAGAGAAUGCAAGGAAGCCAAAGAAAAGGCAGAGAUUCUAAUGGCCCUACUGGGAGAAAUGGAAAUACCUCAGAUGAAGGAAAAUUUACUACCCCUUCAGGGAAAACUGUGGCAACUUUGGUGUAAAAAGGACAAAGAACUCUAUCAUCUGAGAGAAAAAGGGAAUCGAAGCAUUGAACAACACAAGAGUGAGAUUGAGACAGAUAAACAAAUGAUACGAUGUCAACAGUUGAGAAAAGCCUUUCCUCUCAAUGAUUUAAUGCAUUCUGUCCUUGAAAUUCUCCAAAAUCAUUCAGAAACUCAUACCAAACUCUACUUCUUGCAAUGGCUGAGUGUGUUUUUAGACAAUUUGACUGCAGGACACUUGGAAAAACUAAAUGAGAAGAAAAAGGCAUUGUGGUCACUGGUCCAAAAAGAAAAGCAAGAGGCACCAAAGAGCAACUCUCUGAAAGGCUUGCAGAAUGAGAUAGAAGUUAUCUCCAGAGAGAUUAGUGACUGCACCUUGGGAAUUGAGCAACUUCUCAGAGAAGUUGGCCAGAUCUAUGAAGCUCUGGAAGAAGCUUCAUCCAUGAAAGAUACCCUAUUUCUCUCCCUUCCCCACAUUGCUGCAGAUCUGAUGCUAUCUGGUUUUCCCAUUGAGCUAAUGGAUGGGGAUGCUUCUUAUGUGCCCCUGAGGUGGGUGGCAGCUGUUUUUGACAAGGUCUCUGAGAAACUUGGAAACAAACGGCUCUUUGUUCUCUCUGUCCUUGGCCUGCAGAGCUCAGGGAAGUCCACCCUGCUGAAUGCACUUUUUGGGCUGCAGUUCACUGUCAGUGCUGGGAGGUGUACCCGGGGGGCCUACAUGCAGCUUCUGAAGGUGGAGGAGACAUUUGCAAAGGAACUUGGCUUUGACUUUGUGCUUGUUGUGGACACAGAAGGACUUCGGGCCCCAGAACUCAGCAACAAGUCCCAGAAUCGUGACAAUGAGUUGGCAACCUUUGUCAUCGGACUUGGAAACUUGACUCUGAUCAAUAUUUUUGGGGAAAAUCCAUCAGAAAUGCAAGAUAUUCUACAAAUAGUUGUCCAAGCUUUUCUGAGGAUGAAACAAGUAAAAAUAUCUCCUAGUUGCCUCUUUGUUCAUCAGAAUGUGGGAGAGAUUACAGCUAAAGACCAAACUAUGGAAGGACGAAGGCGGCUAGAGCAGAGACUGGAUGAAAUGGCAGCAACAGCAGCUGAAGAAGAGCAGUGCUCAGAUGUAACCCGCUUUCGUGAUGUCAUUAAGUUUGAUGUUAAUACCCAUGUCUACUACUUUGCUCACCUCUGGGAUGGCAAUCCCCCAAUGGCCCCUCCCAAUCUUCGUUAUAGCCACAAUGUCCAAGAACUGAAAAGCAGAAUUCUUGUGACUGCCCAACAGGAAUCUAGGGGAAGCAUCAUGAAGAUAUCAGAUGUAAAAUUCCGAGUUCAAGAUUUGUGGAGAGCACUAUUGAAUGAAAACUUUAUUUUCAGUUUCAGGAAUACCCGAGAGGUCAUGGCCAUGAGCAAACUGGAAACCAUGUAUAACUACUGGACAUGGGAGUUGAGGAGUCAUGUGCUGAGCAUACAGGACCAGCUGAUCAACCAGAUUCAGAAUGAAAAAAUCCAGAUACUCGAAACACACACAAUUGAGGCUCCAGUUACAGAGAAAUAUGAAGCCAUCAAGCAAGAACUUGAAAAAUAUUUUAAUGAAGACCCAGAUAGUGAAGUGCUGGUACAGUGGAAAGGAAAUUUUGAAAAUAAGCUAAUAAUCCUUAAAGAGGCAUUCAUUUUAGACAGCCAAAGAAAAGCCAAAGAACUUCUUAGUUUUAAAAAGAAUCAAGAAAAACUGCAUAACAAAAAAUCAGGUUAUGAAAAGGAAUUAUUGGAAAAAAGCCGAGAGUUGGCUUUAACUGUAAAGGGCACCCAACUGAGUGAGGAAGAGCUACAUGAGAAAUUCAACACACUUUGGAAAAAAUGGGUCUAUGAUUUGUCCUCAACUCACUCUCCAAUCGCAGAGCCUAAAAUUGAAGUGGAUUCUGAAAACAUCCUUUUGGAUUAUUUCAAAAAGGAGAAAGACAGGGCAAGCAUACUGAAUAAAAAUUAUGGAGAAAACUUUGAAAUCAAAUAUGACAAACAUAUCAAAAUGAACAAGAAAUAUUUGAACUUAGUUACAAUGACAUUAGAGGUCCAGGAUAAAGAGUCCAUAAAUAUGACUACUAACCGCAUUGUUUCAAAAGUUAAUGAAACUAUUGACAACAUUUGUAGGCAAAAGCAUGAUUACAAUCCAGCUUAUUUCUAUGAAAUCCUGAGAAUAAUAGAUGAGGAGGUGAAAUCUGCACCCACUAAGGAAAGAUACACAUUUACAAGAAAAUAUGAAAUAGACUUAGCCUUGUAUUUAUUCCAAAGAGCAUCAAUGAAGUUUCAUCAUAUGCACAAGGAAUUCAAGAGAGCAAAUGAUCCUGUAAACUAUCUGGAAAGCAAGAAAGAUGAUUUCUUCAUGAGUUUUAAGAUCUCUUGUCAGGGAGCAACCUCAAUUAAAACAUUUGUUGAUUUUCUGUGGCACAAACUCACCACUGCUGUCUCCAACACCAUAAAGAAAAACAUGGCCCGCAAAAUUGCUGGGGACAUGCAAGCCACCUGCCCGGCAUUCAAUGGAAACAGGGCUAACCUGGAGAAACACAUUCUCAUCUCUCUGGCAGAAGAGGAAAAUUUUGGUAAUUUUUGGCAGUACAUUCAUAAUCCGGAAUCAUAUUUUAAGAAUUACAUUGAAAACCACAUUAAAAGAUAUUGUUCUGACAAAGGAAGUGAAAAAAUGAAGACAUUUUUAAGAAUAAGUUCAGAUGAAAUCAAGAAUGCCAUCCUCUCAGCUAUUCAGGCAUCCACAGCAGUAGCUAAAGAUAAAAGCAGCACUGUGUCUGGGUGGUUGGAUUUGUUCUGUGAUCACCUGGGGAGUAACUUGAUCUUUCCACGAAAAGACUUGAUAAGCAUUGAACACCAGGAGAUAAAAGAUAUUGAUUUUCUCAAAGAAGCCAUGAGUACAGCUUUGGAUCCUGAAAUGAAGAGAGUAGAACAGAAUGAUUUGUAUAUGUUUGUAGAAGAAAUCGUUCCUGAAAUCCAGAAAAUGCUCACUGAACAUCUCUGUGGCUGCUGGAAACAGUGUCCCUGCUGUAGAGCAAUUUGUACAAACACAAUCCCUAUGCAUGAUGGAGACCACAGUGUUCCCUUCCAUCGUCCACAGGCUGUCAGUGGAGGAAGGUGGUACAAAACAGACCAUUUUGUCAUUGAUUGCUGUACCAGUCUGGUAGCAAGUGAUUGUGUUUUGGUUUUCGGAGAUGGCAGGGAAGUCCCAUAUAAGAACUAUCGACAGGCAGGAGGGGAAUAUGCCAGGUGGAGUAUCACCCCAGACACAUCCACCCAGCCAUACUGGAAAUGGUUUGUCUGCCACUUCAGAUUAAAGCUACAAGAAAAAUAUCUCCAAAGAUUUGUAGGUAAAGGUAAAAUUCCUGAUGCAUGGGACAAAAUUAAGAAACAGGAUGUGCUUAAUGACUUGAAAGAAAAUUAAUACUCAAUGACCACAAAACAGCCCCAGUAUCUGAACAAAGGAGGCACAUUACCUGAGGAAGGCUAAAAUAUCACCCACUCAUAAGGAAAACAUCCCUUAUAUCAAUUUUUUCAAUUGAAACAUCUAAAACUAAAUCAGUUAACAGCAAGAGUUGAAGACUUGCUGAGAAAGAACUUCAUUUUUCUUUGCCUCAAUUCCUUUUGCUUUAAAAACAGAUUACUAAAAUAUAUGAGUACAUGAUAAAAUCAAAUAAAAUCCAUUUAAAAUACCUACUUCAUAUUUUAAACUAUUAUUCUGAAUGUUAUUUUUUACUUUUAAAUAUAUAAUGUUAUUUAAAGUCACAAGAAAGUCAUUUUCAUAGAGGGAAGUUAAAAUCAUUGCAGACUGCCACAAAUUCUAUAGAAUAACUACACAGUUUAACCAAUAUACAGUUCUUGACUGGAAUCUACAAAUUCUUUUCAGUUCUAAGUGUAUUUUUUUUACCCUCAGAAAUUUGUGAGGAAGAGUUAUUAAUGCUUGAAUGCAAAAACAUUCAUGGAAAAUUCAUGAUUCCCAAUUCCCAAAUAUAGUGCUUUUUAGGGAUAUCCUGUUAUAGGAAAUGAAAAAAAAAAACAAAAAAAAAACCCCAGAAA